AUGUAAGUUUUAAAAUGGAAUCGAUUGAACAUGAUUUUACACAAGAUGAGGUUGGUGAGGAGGAAAAGAAUCUUGCCCAGGUGUUAAAGGACUUAUGUGAUUCUGGUGGAAAAGAAAUGGAAGGAACCCAACUUGAAGCAGCUUCAAUAUUUCAUAAGCUUGCCAGAAUUUAUGAAAAAAAAAUUAAACAUAAAAAGUUAAACAUGACUCGAAGUGCAGCUCUGUAUAACGCUGCUAUUGUGAGGGAUCCACAGAAUCAAAUAUUUAAAGAAGAACUUAAAGAUUUGUGCUCAGCAGUUCUGGUGAAAGCAAACGCCACAAAGCCUGAUGCUUGCUUGAUAUUUUUGUCUUUAACAAUAAAAACCGUUCUCCAAGAGAUGCGCAAAUAUUUUGGCGAAAGUUAUAAUCAGCUUGAAAUAAUCAAGUAUGGUUUGGAUGAUGAUCAACUACUUAAACUACAAAGGAAAAAAGUCUUAGAUAUUCAAAUUAUUCAACAAGGAGUUACAAGAAGUUACACUGAGUUAAUGAGGUUUAUUUCUGAUGAAUGCAUAGAUAUUAUGGGAGCACCACCAUGCAAAUAUGCUGUAGUUGGAUUGGGUUCCUUGGCACGAUCAGAAAUCACCCUAUACUCAGAUUUCGAACACAUCAUUGUCCUUGAUAAUGUUGCUAAGAUGGAGGAUCGUAAGAGGAUCAUGAAGUACUUCAGAUGGUUCACCACAAUCUUCAACAUCAUCUUAAUCAACCUCGGAGAAACCAUGAUCAACUGUGUUGCAAUUCCAAGUAUAAACCCCAGGUAUAGAGACUGGUUCAUAGACCAUGUUACACCUAAUGGGGUGACAUAUGAUGGAAUGGUAGCCCAUGCUUGCAUACGCCCACUUGGACGACCAGCAACUAAAAACAAACCUUGGAACACUGAAUUUAUUAAACCAGUUGAUGAAAUGGUUCGGUACUUGGAUAGUAAAGAACAAGUAAAGCAAGGAUACCAUGUGGCUGAUGUCUUAUCCAAGGCUUGCUUUGUAGCUGGUGAUGAAGCAGUUUGUGCUGAGUAUCAAGAUAAAGCUCGCCACAAGGUUAAAGAAAACGUCGAAACAAAUAUUUUUCUAACUUUAAUGGAACAAAUACAAAAAGAUUUGGAAAACUUUAACAUUGUUACUCAUCAACACCAUGGUGUUGUUGGUUUACAAAACUACAACAUAAAGAAAGCAAUAUACAGAGGUGCAACCAUAUUUAUUUCAGCCAUCGGUCGAUUAUGUUCACUACAAGCAUCAUCAUGCUUUGAUAUCAUUGAUGAAUUAAAUAGUGGACAAAAUAUUGGAAAACUCAGUGCCAGGGAAGCGCACCAACUCAAGUUCAUGGUAGCAGUGGCUUGUGAGGUUCGAGCCAAAGUUUAUCAUUCAAAGGGGCAACAAGAUGAUGUUCUUAUGAAAGAUUCUGAACAGUCUGAAGUUACUUCUGCCUUGAUUGAAGUUGUAGGAAAACAAAGUAUGAUUUCUUUUAUGAAGAAAACAUUUGAUCUACAUUUCAGACUGAAAAGGGAUGGCUAUGAAAAUAUGCUCACAGCAAAUAAAGCACUGGAAAAUAACUGUAUUAUAGAGCCGUUUUCCGAAAUGAUUGCUUUACACUUGCUUGGCUUUCACAAAGAUUUAGUCACAUUUAUAAAAACAACAAUCUCCAAAAUGAUACCUUGUGCAGAAACAUAUGCUGUUUAUGAAUUUGCUAUAUGUAAUUCAGAUAAUGCUCAAGAACAUGAACUAGUCUUAGAACUUUGCUCAGCAGUUAGCCAAUUGAACCUCACACCAGAAAAUAAAUUGUUUGUUAGAGCUUUUGAGCUGCAAAGUUUGGUGAAACUUUCAUACAAUGAGACAACCAAGCUAUAUGAGUUCUCUACAACACAAGUUGAAACUCUGAUGCAGGAACUGGAUGAUUUAGUAAAAACUGUUAAACUAAACUUUCCAACUGGUAUACUUACAUACUUUGGUGUUUUAAUGUCACUUCAAUACUAUGAUCGUGCAGAACGUGUUUUUGAAAAAAUCUUGAAUUUAAUUCAACAGUUUAAACCUUCAGAGAGAAUCAUACAAAGUGCUAUGAAUUUGACGGAGUAUGCAAAAACCCUGCGGAAAAACAAGAAAUACACAAAAGCUUUAUAUGAACUGAAUAAAGUAAACAGGAUGUUGCAAUCAUGCAAGAAGAAAACACUCUUUCACGCACCUCUGUAUUUUGAAUAUGCCCAAUGUUACUUCUAUGUUGGCAAAUAUUAUGAGGAAUUUAUAUGUUGGUUUGAAUAUGCAAGAAUUCUUAUAAAAUGUAAAACAACUAUACCUACCAUCACAAGGUGUACUAUGCGAACUGCUUUUCAGAGAUUAGUAUUUCAUAAUUCACUCCAUCCAUGGAAGUUACAUACACUCAUAAUAAAUGGAGAAUACACCCAAGCAUUGAAACUGCUGGAUGAAGCCAAACAAAUAAUGAAACCUUACAGGAACAAAACAACAGUGGUGCACAGGUACCUAUAUCAUGCAUAUAUCAGUUAUUAUACUGUCAGAUAUUACAAAGCAAUCAUAUGCGAGUUGGAGCAUGCCAGAAUCUACAAGAAACAUAUUCAACCAGUAGGUAAUUUAUUGGAACACAGGAUGAAACUAUCUCUUUACCAAUUAAUAUUUCAUGAAUUGCAUUUGCCUGCUUUCACACUGAUUAACAAUGGAGAACCAACAGAAGCAUUAAAAUUACUGGAUGAAGCUAAACAAAUGUUGCAACCAUAUAAGAAUACAAAAACAGUUGUGCAUAUGGAUCUUUACUUUUCAUACGCAUUAUGCUACUUUUGUAAGGGUAGAUAUUACGAGUCAUUCUUAUUUGGGUUAGAAUAUGUGAGAAUUUCAAGGGGACUUAAUCUACCAAUGGAUGAUGUCAUUAAACCAGUAAUAAAAAAUACUUUUCAAAAAUUGACAUUGCAACAACCUGUUGAAAGAUUAAAAACUAAUCAACAACAGACAGAAGGAUUCAACCAACAAAAGCCAACUAUGUGGUUGAUACAAUCGCAUAAGCAAACCAUAGCACAUAUACAAAUGAAGGUCUAUCAGUUAAACACGGUCUAUUAUUAUGGUAUUGGAAAAUACUAUGAGGCAUUUAUGUGUUACUUGGAACUUGUGAGACUCCACAAGAAACAUAAUACACCAAUAUCUAGCAACAUUAAACAAGACAUAAAAGAGAUUUUUCACCGUUUCAUAUUUUAUCAUCCCUUGACAUUGUGUCAAUCUGCUAAUUCAUUCAUAAUCAAUACAAAACACAGAGAAGCUUUAAAGCGGCUUGAUGAAGCCAAACAAGUGAUGGAAAUUUACAAGAUUACAACAACGUUAGCGCAUGCAUCUCUUUAUUAUUUACGUGGGCUUUGCUACUCAAAUACUGACAGGGAUUAUGAAGCAUUCGUAUGUUGGUUGGAAUAUGCAAGAAUCUGUAAGAAACUUAAGCAACCAAUAGAUGAUGAUACCAAACGAAAAAUCAAAUUGAAUUUAAGCAAGAUUCUUUACGAUCAACUUGAAAAGAAUUACAUAUCUGCUGAAAUACUGAUAAAAAAUGGAAAAUGCAUACAAGCACUUAAACCACUGAAAGAAGCAAAACAAAAAUUAAAAAUGUAUAAAGCAAUGUACAAAAAAUUGUUGGUAGCAUACAAAAAUUAUUUCUUUGUACACCAUACGUGUUGCCAAAAAACUGGACGAGAAUAUGGGUCAGUCAUGUGUUCAUUGGAAUUUGCGAGAAUGCUUAAAAAACUUAAUCUUCCAAUGCAACCUGACAUUAUACACUUUAUGAAACUGCUUUUCAAACCAUUCGUUAUAGUACAAAGUCUUAAAUUGAGUAGCUUUUCACAAACCCUUUUAAUCAAAGGAAAAAAUAUAGAAGCAUUGAAAGUACUGGAUAAAGCCAAACAGAUGAUGCAAAUAUACAACAAGCCUCCAACAACAGUUACACAAAUGCAGCCUUAUAGUAUGGUAUCAGUUAUGCAAAUGAUGGCGCACAAGUCCUUAUACAAGUCAUAUGGGAGUUGUUACAGUAAAACUGGCACACGUUAUGAGUCAUUUAUAUGCUGGUUGGAAUAUGCGAGAACUUCUAAGAAGCUUAAAGAACCAAUGAAUGAGUUGGAUUUUAAGGACAUAGAAGUUGCAUUCCAGCGAGUUUUAUUUCGAAAACAGAUAACCAUAAUUGAAUCUGCUACAACUCUGAUCAACAAUGGAAAAUACACAAAAGCCAUGAAACUGCUCGAUGAAACCAAACAGAUGUUGCAACCGUAUAAGAACCGAUUAUCAAUUGUGCAUGCAAUGUUAUAUCGCAGAUACGCAGGUUGCUACCAUUAUACUGGCAGAUAUUACGAGGCAUUGAUAUGUUGGUUGGAAUGUGUAAGAAUCUGUAAUAAACUUGAACUGAUUAUAAGUGAUGAAAUUAAACAAGAGAUUAAAGACAGAUUCUACCAUUUCAUAUUCACUCUUUCUAUAAAGUUGUGUGAAUCUACUGCAACACUGAUAAACAGUGGAAAAUACAAAGAAGCAUUGAAACUACUGGAUGAAGCCAAACAAUUGAUGCAACUCUACAAGAAUACAACAACAGUUGUGCACAUGGAUUUAUAUGCUGCAUAUGCAGUUCGCUACCAUAGUACUGGCAGAAAUUAUGAAGCAUUCAUAUGUUGGUUGGAAUUUGCGCGAAUUUGUAAGAAACGUAAGCAACCAAUACCUGAUGGCAUUAAACAGAGCAUAAACCUAACAAUUCAAAUAUUUAUAUUCCGGCAUCCCUUCAACUUGUCUGAAUCAGCUCUAACAUUGAUGAUCAAUGGAAAACACACGGAAGCAUUUAAACUUGUGUAUAAAGCUAAACAGAUGAUGCAACCGUACAGUCCUAAAGCAACAGUUGUGCACAUGCUACUAUAUCAUGCAUAUGCAGUUUGCUAUAAUAAUUCCGGCAGAAAUCAUGAUGCACUAAUAUGUUGGUUAGAAUAUGCGAGAAUCUGUAAGAAACUUAAACAACCAAUACCUGAUAAUAUUAAACAGGACACAAAACUAACAUUUCAACAAUUACUAUUCGAUCAAACUUUGAAGUUGUGUGAAUCUGCUGAAACACUGAUCAACAAUGGAAAACCCACAGAAGCAUUGAAACUACUGGAUGAAGUCAAACAGAUGAUGCAACCAUACAAGAAUACAACAACAGUGAUUCACAGGCUAUUAUAUGAAGCAUAUGCAGCUUGCUACCAUUAUACUGGUAGAUAUUACGAGGCAUUUAUAUGUUGGUUGGAAUAUGCAAGGAUUGGUAAGAAACUUAAGCAACCAACACCUGAUGACAUUAAGCGUAGAAUAAACCUAAUAUUUCAACAAAUUUUCCGGCAUUCCACAAUCAACGGAAAACCGACAGAGGCAAUGAAACUACUGGAUGAAGCCAAACAACGGACACAAUCGUACAAGAACACAACAACAGUAAUGCAUAUGCUACUAUAUGGUGCACAUGCAAGUUUAUACCAUAAUACUGGCAGUUAUUACAAGGCAUUGAUAUGUUGGUUGGAAUAUGCAAGAAUCUGUAAUGAACUUAAGUACCCAAUACUUAAUCUCAUUAAACAAGCGACAAUUCUAACAUUUAAAGAAAUAAAAAACCUCAAUUUCAAUAAGUUGCUUGAAUCUGCUAAAACACUAAUGAACAAUAAAAAACACACAGAAGCAUUGAAAUUAUUGGAUGAAGCCAAACACAUGAUGCAACCAUACAAGAAUACAACAACAAUGGUGCACAGGCUGCUAUACAAUUUAUAUGCAGUUUGCUAUCUUAAUAGCGACAGAUAUUACGAGGCAUUCAUAUGUUGGUUGGAAUAUGCGAGAAUCUGUAAGAAACUUAAGCAACCAAUACAUUAUAACAUUUCGAACACAAAGCUAACAUUUCAACUGUUCAUAUUCCACCAUCCAUUAAGGUUGUGUGAAUCUGCUGCAACACUGAUAAUCGAUGGAAAACACACAGAAGCGUUGAAACUACUGGAUGAAGCUAAACAAUUAGUGCAACUGUACAAGCAUACAACAACAGUGGUGCACAUGGAGCUUUAUCAUUUAUAUGUAGCUUGCUACUUUAAUACUGGCAAAUAUUAUGAAGCAUUUAUAUAUUGGUUGGAAUAUGUAAGAAUCUGUAACAAACUUAAGCAACCAAUACCUAAUGGCAUUAAACAAGAAAUACGACUUGUGUUUCAUAAGAUUACCACCUACCAAUAA